GAAGUAGCUCCGGCUGUUCAUACUUAGCUUACCAUCGGUCACAAAAAACUGCGAAACCAAGGAGAAGGACAGCGCCCCGAAUAACUGUAAACCUCUGCUAACUGUCCGCAGCAUCUCACUGGGAAUGGGACUCCGGUUGUGCCUUUCAGGUUGUUGGACAUUAAUAAAGAGGACAUGAAGCCUCGGAGCUGCUCACGACCCUCCAAGCAUGCAGUGAUAGUAUUUCUCCACUCAGCAGCUCAGUUUGAUCCAUGAGAAACGUGCCUUGUAAGGAAGCAGGAUGUUCACUGGCUCCACCAAGCUGCCACCCACUAAAACCCCGCAGCCCGAGCGGCUGGACGAGGUCUACGCCGCCUUACGUAGAGGCCUGCAGUCGUACCUGCAGGUCCACCAGCUGGAGCUGGACACUCUGGGGCAGCAGAUCAGAGAAAACAAGAAGAACAGCCGCCUGGGGUCUUUGUAUGAGUUGGAUAAGCAAGUCAAAGCCAUAGAGAGGUUCAUGCGACGUUUGGAGUUCCACCUGAGCAAGGUUGAGGAGCUGUACGACGCUUACUGCAUUCAGCGGCGACUGCGUGACGGAGCGAGUAAGAUGGUGGCAGCGUUCAACUCCGCCACCGGCAGCAAGGAGGCUCGGGAGAGUCUGAGCGAAGCCAAUAAAGGUUACAGGGAAUAUACAGAGCACAUGUGCUCCCUGGAGGGCGAGCUGGAGAGCCAGAUGGGAGAGUUUCAUGUCAAGAUGAAGGGCUUGGCCGGAUUCGCACGACUGUGUGCUGGUGAUCAGUAUGAGGUCCUCAUGCGUUACGGCCGUCAGCGCUGGAGGCUACGAGGCCGGGUGGAAGUCAGCAACAAGCAGAUGUGGGACAGCGAGGAGUUUACGUUCCUUCCUCUCAUCACAGAACUUUUGUCAAUAAAGGUGACGGAGCUGAAGAGCCUGGCUAAUCACGUGGUGGUGGGCAGCGUGUCCUGUGAAAUGCUCGAUCUGUUCUGCCCGCUCCCGCAGACGCUUGCUGUAGACAUCAACGACCUGGGGACGGUCAAACUGAACCUGGAGGUCACCUGGAGUCCGUUUGAUAAGGAUGACCAGACGUCCUCCGCCAGUACUGUUUCCAAGCGGCUGCUGUCCAAUCAGAGCCCUCCUGACACGCCGUCCAUGCGAGAGCAGGUCUUCUACUCCCUGCUGAAGCGUCAGGGGGAGAUGGAGAACGGGACCGUCUGGUCCAACUCCUCUGAGUCAUCCGAUGACUCCUCCAGCCCGGCGUUGGCUCAUCACACUCAGAGGCUGACGGCCUCCAACUUGCUGCAGACAGCUCCCACCACUCAGCUGUCACUCACACCCAGCAAGUCCAGCGUGUCAACGCCGUCGCUCUCGUCCAACCAGGAGGAGGACGAGACCGAAGGUGGGGACGUUUUCACACAGGCGGAGGCAGUGCCCAACGGGCACCUGCAGACUUCCUGCUCUCACAGCCCGGCUGCAGAGAGCAGCUCAGACUGUGCUGGGACUGACGGGGCUUCCGUCCAAUCAGAAGAAAUCUCUGAAAGCCCCUGUCCUGACAGGACCACUGCAGCUCUGGGGCUGUUGGCUGAUGAAUUGUCAGCAGAGGAGCAAGAAGCAGAAACAGAAGGGGACACUAUCGAUGUUUCAGAGGGACACCAGGAGGAACAAAACAAAUCCUAUCAGUCUGUUCAGGAGUCAAAACAAACGGAGAAUGUCCCAACGGUCUCUUUCCCCACGUCAGCCAGUUUCACUCAGGAAGUGGAGACUGCCCUGGAAAGUUUCGACUUUCUCAACUAUUCCGAUCUAGAAGAAGAGGACGAGGAGGAAGAUGAACCACAGCAGGGGAGCGACAAAGAUAAAGAAGAACAUGGUGAAAAACGUGAAGAGGACCAAAAUAAAACAGAGGAGAAAAUGGAAGAAGAGCGGCAGAUUGUGGAGAAUCUUUACUCUGAGGGGAGCAGUGAUGAGGAGGAAGCUGAUGGUCUGGAGUUCCUUAUGGAAGCUCCAGAGGGAUUUAGGAAUUCAGAUGAGGACCGUUUAUCUGAAUCACAGGAGUCAAACAUUGAAGAUGUUCAGGACUUGAGUCAGGUGGAAAUUCCAGAGGAUAAAGCUGAGCGACUCGAGGAGCAGCGAGACGAUGAGGAACCCUCACAGGAUCAGCAGGAGUCUCCUCCCUCUCCCAGCUAGUUCGCUACUACAGUUUCCAUCUGUGGAACCACGACUGAUCCAUUCGUCCCUGACGUUCCAGUGCCAUCGCUAUCCAUUUCCCCCCACACUGCCGAAAUGGAGGCCUUUAGCUUGUCCCAGUCGCCGCUCAGACAAACAAACUCCUCCAUCUCGGUGGAGCUUGUGCUCGUUUUUGCCUUGUUUACGUAGAAAGAUAAACCCGGAGGCUCCUGCACCUGGAUGAAAACACACACCGCAUCAUGACGCCCGGGUUCAAGUGGGAAACCACUGGAGUUUACACGUUCUUUCUGCUCCUGUCAUCUUAAAAAUUCAGUGUCCAAAACAUUUCAGGAACAGAUCCAAGCGGCCUUGUGUUAACAUUUAUUAGUGCAUUCUCUUUUUUUAUAUAUUUUACAGAGACACACCAAGUUGCUUUAGCAGGCUUAGAGGAAAGCUCCGUGUUGGUGGAUGUGAAAUCCUUCUGAGGUCACUGUUAAAUCAGCCUGGAGCUCUUUUAACGUCAGAGGAAAGACUCCCAACAUGUGAUGUUUGUCCCAGGACAAGAACUCAUUUCCCAAAGCAGGAAUGUUCCCUGAAAACAAAGAUUAUCUCUUAUUUUUAAAUCAUUUCAGUCCAAUCUGCUUCAGUCUCCAAAAUGAAUGGAUACGUCCUCUAAAAAAACAUCUGGAGCUUGUUUUUUUUACAGACAUAAAACCAUUUGCAGUGUGGAACUAUAUUUAAACCUGCAUGUGUAGCUGUCUCAUGCUGCCAGCAUGUCUGUAUUAAUAAAUAAAUAAACUUAAAUGAUCAGUUUCAGUGUGUAAGCUAGGAGCCGCUCCAAAAAAAAAAAAGCCACUCGGACUGUAUCUGUGUCCAAAAGCUGCCUCUCGGGGGCGCUGUAGUCUCAUUGAUGUGCUUUAACGCAUUUCUUCAGAAAAAAAAAGCCUCUUCACUCAGAAAGUGCCUCAAGUGACAGAUGUUUAGGUUUGACGUGCCACGGCUGGACGGAUCCGGUGGGCGACGACAGUGUUUAUUUUCUGAAUCACUUUAAGAGUGUGCAAAAUAAAGAGAUAUUUACUGUUUCAUAUUAAGAAUUGUAUAUGUCCUGAAAAUGUUCAAAUGUUUAAGUUCAGAAAUGUUUAAACUUUAUAAAGGUUUCUUUAAAAGUAAA